AUGGAUAAAGCAAAGGUCCUAGAUCUGUGCGAAACUAAACAUGAGAAGCUUACAGAAUGUAAUUUAAUGUUGAAUUUUUGGACUUUAUUGUGGUCAUCAUGCAAUGAAUUCUUAUCAACUGCAUUUAUCACCCACACUGACCCGAAAUUCUAUAUCACUUGUGCUGCAAUAAAAAAUAGAAUGGAAAGGCAACAUAAAAUGCAUAUUCGUUUUAUGAAUGGUCACAAUGUGGUGCUUAAUAGUCUUGCAAACUUUCAAAUUCAUAAUGAAUAG